CGAUCAGCUGGCCGCUCCUAAAAUAAAUUCCCCCUGAAAAGACGUCAAGGCGGGUCUAUUUUCCCCUACUUCCCUCGUUAGGGUUUUUGAAUUUCUAAAACCCCCCACAAAAAUUAUACAAACACUGAAAUACACCAAAUGUUAGGGCAAAAUCUAUAACGAGAAGUUUGAAUCAGAAUCGCAAAUGUCUUUUUCUCCGUUUUCAACUCCACAACAGCAACCACAGUCACUAUUUCAGCCUCAGCCUCAGCCCUUUCAGCAAAGCAGCUCCCUUUUCCCGCAACAGUUUCAGCAGCAACAGCAGCAGCAAUUCCCGCAACAGUUUCAGCAGCCGCAGCAGCAACAACAGCAUAACCAACAGCAAUUGUAUCUUUUCACCAAUGACAAGGCUCCGGCGAAUUACAGCACCAAGUGGGCAGAUCUGCAUCCGGAUUCCCAUAAAGUUCUACUUCAGAUAGAGACGCGGAUAUUGGAGUAUAGGGAUGAGAGCCAGAGGCUAGACCAGUGUGGUCGUCUCUAUGAUUCCUCAGUGUCCAAUGAAGGGUUUGAGCUUGACACAGGCCACAUUGUUCAGGAGCUUGGGGGGAUCAGUACUGCCAUGGAAAGGCAGAAAGCUAUACUACAGGAGCUCAUGAUCAAUGUUAAGGACAUGUUACGAAACACAGAGAUGGCUGUACGUUCUUUCAUGAUGCUACAGCCUAGGUUCCGUCAUCCUAAUCCAGGAAGUGCUUCAACUGCCACUGCACCAUCCCAGCCUUCUGGAGCAACAGUGAGGCCAGGUUCUACUGGUCAACCAACAUCUACCUCCAUUGUUCCUGUGUUUGAUUUCUACAGUGGGCUUCCUAAGAAACCAUCACCAUUUUUACGGCAAACGGUAGUCAGAUUUGAAAAAUAUUUGUGUGAAUGCAGCCAGUGGAUUGAAGAGUUAGAGCAACUGCUUCUCUUAGAUUCUGACAGGAACUCUUCUCACCCUGGAUUCUCAUUAUUGCAGUCUCUUCCAAAAGUCAUGUCAAAUGUGCAUGACUUUUUUGUUCAUGUGGCAUCCAAGGUGGAGAGCAUUCAUCAGUAUAUUGCUUCUAUGAAAACUGCCUAUCUUGCUGAUCAACGUCGUCGAGGGGAUGUGAAUGAUCCAUUCCUUGAAGCUGAUCGGCGGGAAACAGCAAAACAAGAAGCUGCUGCUAAACGGGUACAUCCAACUUUGAAUUUACCUGCAAAUUCACAGCCUUCAACCCAGGUUGCUGGGUUGUUUGCAAGCUCAGCAACUCCUGGAGCAUCCAUUGUUCCACAGGCAUCUGCCGCACCAGCAUCAGCUUCCUCAGGCAGUGGAUUCUCUCUCUUCAGUACACCUUCUACUGUGGCAUCUUCCUCUUUCUCAUCAUCCUCUCUUUUUGCAACACCAACAUCCUCUGCUCCAGUAUCUUCUUUGUUUGGGUCAUCUGGUGCUUCACCCCAAGCUUCGCUUUUUAGCUCAUCAUCAGCAUCAUUACUUGGUUCUGCAUCAACUCCCUCUUUGUUUAGCGGUGCUGCUACAUCAUUUAGUUCUACCACUCCUGCUGGAGGUUCCUUAUUUUCAACACCAUUUGCAUCAGGUGCUGUAACAGGAUCUGGAGCUAGCUUCGGGACAACAUCUAAACCAAGGCCAAAAUCUCGAACUGCCCGACGUUAGUCACAAAGGCUUGAGGUGAUUAAAUGUGAAGCCAUCUUAUCUGCUCAAAUGAUCGUCACUACAUCAGAUUCUUAAAUUUCAUGUCAAGACUUGAUUCCACCCAAUAUUAAUGGCCGUAUUGCAGCUUGUUUCAUUUGGUCCAAGAAAUCAGCUUACUUUUCAUAUGCUGCAGUAGCAGAGCUUUUCAAAUUUGCUUCAUUCCUUUGGGCUGUAACUGUUUCAAGGAUGUUUAUGUAACAUUGUACAACGCAUUAUAGGUGGGGAGUGUCUUCAGCGAUAGACUAGUCUGAGAAAAACUAAUGUGGUAGCGUCAAACAUGCAGAAUUUGUUCUGAUUGUUGCUUGGAUUUUGUUGCCAAUAUACCAAUGAGCCUAGGCGUUAAGUGCA